GUCAUGGUUGUUUGAAGAAAAAAUAAAUUUAAUUUUCAAUUUUGACCCAUCAAAUAAAUUUUCAAUAUUUUCAAUGUGUACUUCCUUUUAGUUUUCGGGGAAUUGGCAUUCUGCAAUCCCUUUGACCAGAUGCAGAGAAACAAACAACUCUUCCGUUCGUUUCAUAUGCGAUUUCUUUGUUUUACGUCUUACAGUUUGCACUUUCCAGAGUUUAGAUUCGUUAUUUGCUUGUGAGUUUUUACAGAGAAUAUAACUCUUCCUUGGAUUCAAACUCGUUCUUCCUUUUUUGUCACCUUACAGUCAUUAUAGGGUUCUGAUUUUGAUUGAGAAGGUUCAGGCUUCAUAUCAGAAUGGUUACGGUUGAUAAUGGUAAAGAUGAAAUUGAGGAAUCUAAUGGAAAUAAAGUAAAUGACGUUGCUUCCAUAGAUAUUUCAACAUCUGGAAGAACGCUGGUGGGAGAUGAAAACUCUCAGAGGAAGUUCCAGAGCACCUUGAGUUUUCUUCCCAAUAGGAUCAACUUGUUGAAAUUUGGGUCUGCAUCUGCAAAAUUCAAGCGGCUUGCAACAGAAAAGGACCAGAUUUCACAGGGUGUGCCUUCACCGAGUUCUCUUCGCUUGAGGGAGCGCUUCAGUGGCAUGUUUGCUAAGAAGCUUGACUGGGGUUCACUCAAGAAGAUGUCUGUUGAAUGGAUUAGGGACCCGAUGAACAUGGCCCUUUUUGUGUGGAUCUUGUGUGUUGCUGUUUCUGGUGCAAUUCUGUUCCUUGUCAUGACUGGCAUGUUGAAUAGUGCGCUGCCAAGUAAGUCUCAGAGAAAUACAUGGUUUGAAGUGAACAAUCAAAUACUCAAUGCACUGUUUACACUGUUGUGUUUGUACCAGCAUCCAAAGAGGUGCUACCACCUUGUGCUUCUGUGCAGGUGGAAUCCACAAGAUAUCCCAAAACUUCGAAAGGUGUAUUGCAAGAAUGGGACUUAUAAGCCCCAUGAGUGGGCACACAUGAUGGUAGUGAUCAUUCUCCUUAAUCUGAACUGUUUUGCUCAAUAUGCACUUUGUGGUCUAAACUGGGGGUAUAAUAGAUCUGACCGCCCCGCCAUAGGAGUUGGAAUAUGCAUAUCUUUUGCUAUUGGUGCACCUGCAGUGGCUGGUCUGUAUUCCAUUCUUAGCCCUCUGGGUAAAGAUUAUAAUUCUGAGAUGGAUGAAGAAGCACAGGUUGAAGAUUCUGUUGCUCAGAGGCAAGACCAGCUGAGAGUGAAAUCAUUUCAGAAGAAAUAUUCAUUUGCAUCUAGACAGCAACAGAGGGUUAUUGAAAGUAGACCACAGUGGAGUGGAGGAAUACUUGACAUUUGGGAUGACAUUUCGCAAGCAUAUCUAUCACUUUUCUGUACAUUUUGUGUCUUUGGUUGGAACAUGGAGAGGCUUGGCUUUGGAAACAUGUACGUUCACAUUGCUACUUUUAUGCUGUUCUGUAUGGCUCCCUUCUGGAUUUUUACCUUGGCUGCUGUUAAUAUUGAGAAUGACACUGUUAGACAGGCUCUAGUGGCUACUGGGAUCAUUCUUUGUUUUUUUGGUGCACUCUAUGGUGGCUUUUGGAGGAUCCAGAUGAGAAAAAGGUUCAAUUUGCCUUCUUAUAACUUUUGUUUUGGCAAGCCUUCAGCUUCCGAUUGCACGCUUUGGUUAUGUUGUUGCUGGUGCUCUCUUGCUCAAGAAGUAAGGACGGCAAAUAGCUAUGACAUUGUAGAAGACAAAUUAUGCAGAAAAGAAGGUUCUUAUAGUGACCAACAGCCAAUGUCACCUUUGCCUCGUGAAGAUGUGGCAUCAAUCAAAUCUGGCACAAGUUCUCCUUUGGGUAACAACUCUUCCCCUUCUAUGAUCAAGCCAUCCAGUCCUCUAAGUUCAAGUAGUUUCUUGAAGGAAUAUCGUAGUCCAGAGAGACCACUAUCUACUGUAAAAGAAGAGCUUUCUGAAAGAGGAAAAGAUGAUACAAUGAACCCACCUAUUCCACCAUUAAUGCAAAGGGAAUCUCUUACUCCUUGAAGGUGAAAAGCGGUGAUGCUUUCUGCUUCCUACUAAACAUGGCAUUAUAGGGGAUGGUCCAUUGAAUUUUGUGCUUAGUAUAUCCUAGUUCAUGGUUUUAUCCUCUCAGUUCUCACACUGUAUAUCAGCCUUGAAUUUUUAGGAAGUACAUUCUUGAUGUUGAACAUCAGUCACAUUGUGUAAUUAAUUGAUUAGAUGUCUGCUUGAAACCAAGGUCCUUUUGCUUCUUUUUUGAGGUUUUCCUUACAAUUUUCCCCGAAGAUGAGAUGAUUUCGACGACAGAGGAAAAGGUUGUAGAGAACAUUGUACAUUCUUAAAUCUUACCGUGUUCCUUCUUGUGAGAGUUAAAAUAAAUGAUUAUGUAUACACAACCAGGUCUGGUUCUCCAAAUAACUUGUUCACUGCUGUUGAGUUUCCCUGUUCAUUUCAAGGCAUUGGAUACAGCUUGUUCAAUCCAAGAUAUAUCCAUGAAUGCAUUACUGUGAUCUUUCUGUGAUGUUAUUAAUCACAACAAGGAGCAUCUUUUUGUUAAAGGUGUGAUAUUGUAUUGGAGGGGGCGCGUGUAGGAGACAGAACAAUCUGAUUUAAUUUUAUUAUUUUAAUUAUACCAUCAAUUUAUUUUA